CCGGACGCUUUCAGUGACAAGAUGUGCAAGGAACUGGGUCUCUGUUGUGGUCUCCUAUCACUCGGCGCCUUCAUCUCCUGCUUUGUGGUCCUGCACAUGCUGAACAAGAUCAUCCACAUCCACUUGGACACAGCCAUGCAUCUGAGCAUCCCGUUGGAGGCCAAUGAUGUUGAGGUAUUCGGCUCGGGAUGUCAAAACACGCUGAUCGUAAACAAUCUGGAUGCACCGCAUCUCAGCUGGCUGGAGCUCUUCUACAUGCGCUGGACGGUGGUGUUCACGCUGAUCUACUCCUUCACUGCCACGCUCCUCAAUCGGGCCAAAUACCUGGGCGACUUUCAGAUUAACCUGGCCACCUCCAAUGCGAUGAUACUGAUGGGCUCGCUGCUGUCGGUGGUGCUACUAUUGGCCACUGUUGACCUCCAUCAUCGUGAGCACUUUAUGAAGCUGUGGUGCAACGACUUCAUUAUCUACCAUCUGUACUACAUCGCAAUCACCACCGCAGUGUCGGUGGUUUUCUUCAUCACCCACUCCUGCCAGAAGCACCUGAGUGGACAAACUGUAUAAAACUCCCAGGGGAAUCUUAGCAAUGCAAAGAUGUUGGCCAACUCUAUAUUGAAUCCUCCAGCAUUUGUAAAACAUCUUUACUAGGGAAGCAGCAGCACCACUACCACUGCAUCGUUUACAACCAGUAAAAAGAGUAAGCCAAUUCAAAAAUUAAUCAUUCACCAUUAUGCGAGUGAAUGAAUAUAAUUAACCAGAUAAGGCAAAGUAAAAAAAAAAAAAUUCAACCAAAUUAUCUUUAGGCUCAGAUAGGGCUAACUGCAUUAGGAUAUAUGUAAGUAGAACCGCUGCAUCGUUUACAGCCAGCCUCAAAACACUAAGCAAUGCGUUUUGUUAAAUUACAGGGACUAUAUUUACUCAAAUAAACAAAAUCCAUGGGUGGCACCAUUUAUUUCAAAUAUUUAUGUUUAAAUUCCCUUGGAAGAACGAUGAUGGGUAAAAAUGAAGCCCAAUAAUAAUAAUGCGCAUACGUUUUAUGUAAUUUGAUUUUUA